UACCGAAAGACAGAGCGAUGAAGCUGAUCCAGAUCAACAUCGUGACUUUGGCAUGUCUCUCCGCGGUAUCCGCGCUUAUAUCGGAGCCGUACAUAACCAAGUUCGCCAAGAGGAAGAUGGCCGACGGCUGCUUCAGCGAGAGCGUAAUGGCUGCCUUCAGGGGGAAGAUUCUUGCCGCCAUUGAUACGUGCAAGGGUUCUGAUCCGGUCAUGCAGAGUGAGCUGCUGGCGCAGUACUACGCCAUCGUCAGAAUCGGGGGGUCCCGACGCAAGAGAUCUACUGUCAGCAGCUUCAGCUCCCAACAAUUGCAAGAUACUGAAAGCAGGAUCUCUGAGAUGAUUGAAAGAUUGGGCUGUGUGCUGAAGGAGCUGAAAUUCGCGAACGCUCAAAACCGCAUUGACGCGUCUUCCAUAAAGAAGCUUAUCACUAGCUUGGGCCUGCCGAAAAGCCUGAGGGAGGACCUUCAGGAAGCAGUCGAUCAGUGUAACGACUUCGCCAACUGCCUGCCGAACUCGAUGGUUGAUAAGCCUCCGAGCACACCGGAAUUCGGCAGGCAGAAGGCAUUCUUCGAGUGUUUUGAGAGGGCCAAGGCGGAGACUUGCAUGAAGAAGGAAUUCCAGGAGGGCUACUUACCGUCGCUGCAGAAGGAGAACCCUGCAAUCAACGCGGAUGAGGCCUUUCAGACAAUCAUAAUGUCGUUCAUGGUCGGCGAUUCGCCGUUCUAGCGGCGAGCAAAGGAACGGUUGAAAUAUCAGUUGUGGCCACUGAAGCUGUAGCUGGUCCUGCUGAGAUUAAGGACUGCCAUACGCUCGUAGCACACUCGGUUGUGUUAUUUUGGCGGUGCAUUUGUGGGGAUUUGGAUUUUAUUUCUUGGUGCGGUGCU